CGUGACUUGUUGUCUUCUCGAGUUACCAAGCGAUAAGAUGCAGCAGGCUUCUCUCAUACGCGCGACGUGCUCUAGGAGAGACAGUGGCAGCGUUUCGGAGUCCGCUGACAGUGCUCUCCGUUUAUUGCCAGCGAUGACGCCAUGUCACCAAGCCGCGAUUACAGGCUUGCGUUCGGAACUAGUAAUCCACACCGAAUGCAACCUCCCCGAAUUUACCCUACUUCUGCCGCCAAAAUUUCCCUAGCUUCGAACGAGAGGGGGAAUGAGAGACCUUCUGACCCCCCCCUGUGAUUCUAGUCCCCUCUGUUGUAGUACAAAGGCACCGCCAUUUGCACAGUUGUGCAUCUACCUGCGGAUUCCAUAUCUGCUAGUCCUAGCUCCUUUCGUUAGGUCUAAACCAGUCAAGCCCCUUUCGCCUAAACCCCAUUCUCCGCUCCAUUCUCUCGCUCUCCUCAAUCCUACCGACUCGUCUUAGCCACCCCUACGACCACUAGUCAGCCAUGGCUUCCUGGAAGAGACAGCUGCUCAUACUCCUCUGCGUCGCAGCCUUUACGUCCGUCGCAUUUGCCACGCCUAAAUCUGACCCGAACGAAGUACCUGAUGACACGAAGACACUCAAUGCCAACAAGGCCGGGGCCAUCUUCGUCUUUUUCGCGUGCAGUUUCCUGGGCGUGUGGGUUCCGUACUUCAUCCCUGUGCGGCCGCUGUUCCUCAAGUUCGGAAUUCUCUUCUCAACUGGCCUCUUCAUCGGCAUGUCUCUCCUGUACCUCGCUGUGGAGACCUUCGAGGAGUUUGAGGAACUGGCAGGAGACGACUAUCCGUAUGGUAUGCUGGUCAUCGUGAUGGGGAUCUACCUCACAUGGGUGUGCGAUCUCAUCGUCAAGUCCGUGUGGGUGAAGCGCACGGGAGCUUCCGGCGAUAAUGACGACGAGCUGGGACCGACAAUUGCUGGCGCAAUGGGAGUCGGAGAGAAGAAGGUGGUUGAUGCAGAUGCGGAGGCCGCUGUUGCUAAAGUUGAUAUUCAGGCGCUCACCAUUGUUGACGUCGUCCUCGUCCUCUUCGGCCUCUGCUUCCACGCUUUCUUUGAGGGCGUGGCUGUUGGACUUGCGUCUACUGUCUCCAAAGUCUGGUCCAUGACUGCACAAAUCGGUGUGAAUGAGUUUUUCGAGGGCAUGGCCCUUGGUGUCACUCUUCGCGUGCAGAACACCUCCCGCAGUGGCCUUAACCACUUCCUGUAUGCACUGGGUGCUUCCAUUGUUGCACCUACUGGCAUUGCCAUUGGUUUGGCUCUUGACUCGGCCAGCGGCAAGGUGGCAAGGGAGUGGAUUAAGGGGUUCGGAAAUGGUAUGGCAGCCGGAGUCUUCAUCUUCAUUGCUCUUGGCCAUCUCCUUGCCAAGGGAAUGAAGGCAGGACCCAAGGACUCUUGGUGGUUGGUGUUCGUGAAGUGGUUCGUUGCAGGCCUUGGCGUGAUGACUAACGCACUGCUUCAGUUGUGGCACUAGUUCAAGCAGCUCUGAAAGGAGGUUAGGAUACGAGGUUUAGAUGGAACAGAUGGUAGGGUUUUGGAGCUGUAACAUUUUCACUGCUUAGGCAGUGUACCUGAGAGUGUUCUGGCUAUAUUUUGGGAGUAAUAAAAAUGAUUCCGCCUA